AGCUGUGCAAUGCACUAUGUGAGCACCAAACAUUAAUUGUAGCAUGCCAGUGCCUAUAAAAGCUCAGUCUAUUAGCUCAAUGCUAUCAAUUUUUUGAUUUUCCAUUACUGCUCCAGUUCUUAGUGCAGAAUGAGAGUACUUGUAGGAGGCCUAUGGCUAUGUUUGCUGAUUGCUGCCCUAUGUUGUCUCCAGAGAGUGGAGGGUCAAUUGCAAUCUUGUGCGCUGAACAGAAUUGAUGUGAAUCCAUGCAGCUUCAGACACACUGCAACCACAGACAUGCCCGAGGAAAAUGAAUAUGGAAUAUACAGCACCAGGAUAUUGGCCGGUCCGACAUGUUCCAUUCGCCGUAGAAACCAUCAGGUGAAGGACAUCCAAGUCCUCGGUGGUGACCCUCGACUAAAGUUCAUCUUCUCACCUGGUUUUGAGAUUGAUGAUGACCCUGAAAGCUAUGGCAAUCAGAUGAUUGUCAUGUACAAUGUCAACUGUCCCCCUAAUCACGAUGCAUUCUUCAACAUCACCGAGAUCAUUAUGGAGGAACCCAAUUGCCCUGUCGAAGAUGAGCGUAGAUGUGUGGAUUAUGUACAAGUGGUACCCAGUGGAAGCUUCGGACGUUCAGAAAGUUGUGGCAAUGACCCGGGGUUGAAUUCUGAGCUCCUCAUUCCAGGUGUUUUUCAAGUCAUCUUUCGUACCAGUAGCAACAGACGGUUCCCGGGUUUCAAAGCCACAGUCACCUGUCUGGAUAGAAGCGCUAAUACUGGCAGACGAAAGAGAAGUACUGACCAAGUUGAAUAUUUUGAGACCAGUCUACAAAAUGACAAAGAGUAUGUACAAAGUUUCACAGACUACUACAGACAAACUGGCUACCUUGCACUGUAUCAACGAUGGUAUCCAUGGCUGUUUAGGAUCCAAACCAUUAUCAUUCAGUUCGAAGGCAGCUUCACUUAUGCCAACAACCGGUUGACCAUCUCACCAGGACCAAACCAGGACAUGAUUGAAAGUGAGCAGGUCUUUGCACUCAAAGUACUCGACCCCAACAGCAAUUUCAAGAUUUUCAAACGAUCCGCCCGGGACAGAAAAUGGAAACAGAUUGUGUUUGAAGGAGCAGGUACUCUAAUUGUGGUUGGCUGUAAUGCGUUCUACAAGCAGUUUAUUGUGAAUCCCAGGGGCAUACUACCUCUAACUGAGGAGCAGAGAUUCCUUGUGUACGACCUAACCACGGCCUUCUUUGAACAAUCACUGGAGAAUCCCGAUGAGCGUCUGUGUGAUGAGGUGCUCAACCCGACACCCUUUGACCUUCUCAAUCUCCCCGUCAAUGACAUAGACGACGAUAAUUUCACUCUACCACAGUGUCCAAGAUCAACCAACAUUGCCAAUAGGACGUGCAACUAUAGCGACGAGAGACUACUCAUGGCCUUGGAUAACAUUGACUCCCCCAACCUCUUAGUGAGUACUGUGGUCGAUGUACUGCUCUCGUGCACACGCAGAGAGAUGCCAGGGAGAAUAGAGAUUCUAUUGAACUCCCAGUUGGAUGCCAGCUGUACUAUUAUGCCAGAAGGUACAGGAGGAGCACCAUCUUUCUUCGUCACGUGUACCUCCAACAGGGACACUGUGAGGGUCAUCGGGUGUAGAACCAUUGAGCCAAGGAGUGGAGCUGCUAUUCCACUCGACCGAUUCUGUCGAUUCCCCAGUUUCACAUUCCCGGUUCUGGAGACAGGAAUACGCCCUGGAGUCCAGGAACUGACUCUAGACCUAGUGGACUCUACUGGGCUAUCUACCACUGAGGUGGUUGAGUUUAUUGCUCCCUUUUUCGUCAACUGCUCUUCACGAUCUAAUCUAGUUCCUAGUGUCAACAUCACCUGUGUGUCCAAUCAGAUUGCAGAAAGGUUAACUGUCCGAGAGUGUCUUCUAGAUGGAACAACACCUCUUCGACAAUGUGCCUUCCCGAUGUUCAUGAUCAGUACCGUUGAGUUAUCUAGAGGCAGACACACUGUAGGCGUUGUGUUCAAUGACAGAACAUUCGGAGAUGUUGAGCUGACCGUUGGCUUUACUGUGUUUUGAGUAAGCUGCUAACAAUUUAACAAUUUCCAGCUCAUAAUUAUAUCUAUAUUACUAUAAUUUGUGUUCUUUUUGAAACCACCUUAGUAUACCACUGUAUAAGUGUACUAGAGUUGUGUCUGAUUUUAUACACGUAUACUUGG